AGCUAAGGGGAGGCAAGGUACAAACCCCGAGGGAGGACAGAGGGCACCCGGCGGAGGGCAGGGCCCACGGGACUUCCAGAACUGGCAGCAGAGGCCUGGGUCUGAGGCGGGGGUCCCUCAGGACACAGAGCUGAGGACGCGUGGGCCAGAGCCACUUGUCCAGUUUCAGCCCGAAUCUGACACCAUGUCCCUCGGGAAGAGCAAUGAGCUUUGGGAGCUGGGAGAAGACCCGGAAGAGGUGCAGGGCCUGCUGGAUACCCAGCAGUCCAGGGCUCAGGAGGAGGAGGAGGGGCAGGUUCCAUCUCCCCCAUCUCCCUCUCUGUCCUCCUCCCCUUACUUCUCCUUGUCUGGUGUGUUACCUGGCACCCCACAGGAGGGGUCUGCUCUUGAGGGGUCCCUGAGUCCUCUCCAGAGCUCUCAGAGUGCCAACUCCUUCCCCUAUGAUGGGGCAGCCAGUGGCCUUGGCCAGCCCCAGCUUGCUGGCCCCAACAGCCCAGGGGAGGUGGUUGCAAGUGGAAGUGAAGGGCAGGAAGAUGCUGACCCGUACCCCCGUGGUGGGGCAUCGGGUGGCCUUGGCCAGCCCCAACCUGCUGUCCCCAGCAGCCCAGAGGAGGUGGGUUCAUCCCCACCUGAACAGCAGGAAGAUGAGCAGCCCGAGGGCAGUUUCCACAUGAAGACGGCUGCGCUGGUGAUGUUACUGCUCCUCAAGUAUCGCAUCAAGCAGCCCAUCAGCAAGGCAGAGAUGCUGGAGGUCAUCACCCCAGAAUUCCAGGACGACUUCCCCGUCAUCUUGAGCCAAGCAUCCCGCUGCUUGCGGCUGGUCCUUGGCCUAGACGUGAUAGAAGUGGAUCCCAGCGAGCACUGUUAUCACCUCAACAUCAUCCUGGGCCUCACCUGGGAUGGGAUGGUGAGCGGUCAGGGGGGCCUGCCCAAGACUAGCCUCCUGGGGCUGGUCCUAGGGUUGAUCGUCCUGGAGGACGACUGUGCCCCUGAGGAGGAGGUGUGGGAGGCGCUGAGGGUCAUGGAGGUAUACGAUGGCCAGGAGCACAUCAUCUAUGGGGAGCCCAGGGACCUCCUCACCAAUGUCUGGGUGCAGGAAGGCUACCUGGAGUGCCGGCCAGUGGUGGGCAGUAACCCUGCCCGCUAUGAGUUCCUGUGGGGGCCCAGGGCCCAUGUGGAAACCAGCAAGUUUCAGGUCAUGGACUACGCGUUCCAGGUCAGUAGCAGCCUCAUGGUUUCCUCCCUGGCCCUGUGUGAACAGAUUCUGAGAUAAGGAAGAGGGGGCCACAGCCCCAGAGGCGGCCAGGCCCUUUCCAAGCUUUGGUGGGGCCGGCAUGAAGGGAGGCCUUAGGGUGCUUCCUCCCAGUGUUGUCCUGUUUGGUGUGUAAAGAGAAAGUCCUGGGCGUUCUAAGCAGUUAAGGGUCAGGGCAGGUUGGGGGAAAGUAUGGCCAAGAGCCUCUCUGGGGGCCUGGGCUCUGCAACACCCUGAAAUACAGAGCUUGGUUUCUUUGAGGAAGCUCUCCAUGUUUGUUCCUUGGGAUAGAAGGUUUCCUCAGCCCAGUGUGUCAGUGACACACACCCCUUUGUGUUCAUACUUCCCCAGUUCAAGAGUUAACAGUUUUGUCAUGUCCUGUAAACAAGUUGGGAGACCUUCCCUCUUUGCUCUUUGUUUGAGUUGUGGUUAAAAUCACAGGGCAAUGGCGUUGGAAUCUGUUGGAAAGGCCAGGAGUGGAGCAGGCAAGAGCUGGAGCGUGGAAAUAGGAAAAUAAACCUUGUUCACUUUUGCUUCUUA